AUGUUAUUAGUUCUCAAGUUAGAGACUGAGUCUAAUGACAUGAGGGUGUGGAUGAAUGAUAAGACUUGGAAAGGUAUAAAGCAACUUGGAUUGCCCAACUCUGCACUUCCACAACCAUCUGGACCAUCAAUCGACAUGCCUCUCAUGCAGCUCUCUGCCCUUAUGAUCCACUUCUGGAUCCUCCCAAUCAACCUCGAAAGGCCACAGGAGGACAAACCGCCAUGGAACUCAACAAUAUGGUGUAACGCUACUGAUGUCCAUUCUGGCCUCUUUCCAGAGGACGUCGCUUCUCUUCCCCGGUAUAUUGGUUGGGAUAUGGCUCAGAAAAAUGCUGUCUUGAGACUCUUCAACUCUGCAUUGAAUAAAAAUGCACAAGCGGUUUGGGAUUUGAUGGCACAUCCUCCAGCUGACUUGAAGGGUGCAGUGAAGAUCUGGACUGCCACCUGGAAGAAGAUGUGGGAUCGUGUCUGGGGAUUCAUGGCCAUCGAAAACGUGUUGAUCAAGACUGACUUCCAUCCCCAUUCCAUCAUUACAGAGAUAUCCCUGCGGACUUCAAGCCAGAACACCCAAAUCCUCACCUCGCCUGUCUUGGUGAUCAUGGACCAAUUGCUCUCAGUUGCUUGGCAUCGAUUGACUGUCAAGAGCAAGAGAAUGGAGAAAGUCCUGGAGAGGCUGGAGAAGCAGGCAGUGGAGAAAUUCGAAAAACUCCAACAGCUCUUUGAAGAUGCUCCAUCAAAACUCACGGUUCCCAUGAUCAAGACCACAUCCCAGAUCAUCGACGAUUACUCCCUUCAUGCCCAACUUUUCCCCAGUGCCAACCGCAAAAAGCGCAUCGAGGAGAUGAAGGGAUUCAUGGGCAUGUUGUUCGCCAUCCUCGACAUCAAGGUCCAUGAACACGUUAUCACAAUAGACCGUACAAAAUUCAACACCAGCAUGCUCAACAUCUUGAAGAAACUUGCCACAGUGGAGCAGCUGAAAGAGCUGGAAGCAUACUAUCUGGGGAUGGGACCAGCAAGACAGAUUCUGGAUCUGGAAGCACUCAAGGCCAGUCUGGAGCUCAACAGCCCACGUUCAGAUUGUCAACUAGGUUUCUUGGCCACUGAGUGCGACAAAAUGCAGCGCUACACAUCAUGGGACCCCCAAUUCCAACAGAAUAGUGAUUGGAGGAAGGCUGGGAACAUCGCUCCCUUGACCCUUCAAGAACAGCAACUAGAUGGUAUUUACAGCAUGUGCCACAUGCUGUUUACUCCCACCCCUGGACGGAAAUCUGGUAUUCUUGUGGCCAAUGCAAUGGGAGUCGGAAAAACUGGGCAAGCAUUGGCAUUCAUUUCCCUGAUCAUACACCAGAUCUCAAGACAAAAAGCUGGAGCAUUGCCCUCAAAGGGCACAAUCUUUGGAACAGUCGAUGUUAUGGUGUACACCAACGAGACCCAGAAAUCAUUCUGGGGGAAGGUGGGAUUUGGAGCAAGUCCAAACUCCCAUUGGAACACCACAUCAUUAUCAUGGCAGACUCUGUGA